GUUUGACAACAUUUACUCAUGAUCACACCGGCUCCAAGCAUCACUGUGACGACUUGUAUCUUGUGAAGACCCAUAAUAUCUACUGAACAAUUGUCCUGCUUCCAAACAAAGAUGGUGGUAAAAGCCAUCGGCUGUGCUCUGGUCCUCUUGCCUGUUAUGGCGGCGGCUGUCUGGUACCCUAAAAGUUUGCCGUGUGAGGUCAGUGUGGUAAGCAAUGGCAGUGAAGUCAGUGUCAACUGCACUCAGGUAGGGCUUGUAUACGUUCCAUUCGGCAUCCCAAGGAAUACCACCAACUUGACUCUCACCAUCAAUAGUAUCCCUCAUAUUAACACAAGCUCCUUCGCGGGACUGGAGAACAUCACAGAGAUCGACAUGCGCUGCAACUGUGUCCCAGUGAAAGUAGGCCCCAAGAACCAUGUGUGCAACCAGAGGGUGACCAUUGAAAGUGGAAGCUUUCGACGCCUGAAGAACUUAAAAUCUCUCUAUCUGGAUGGAAACCAGCUUACCAGUAUUCCCAGGGGCCUCCCUAAAGGCCUUGUCUUGCUAAGUUUAGAGGUAAAUAACAUUGCCUCAAUCUCAAAAGAAAAUUUGACGGAACUGAAACAUAUAGAGGCACUCUAUUUGGGCCAGAAUUGUUACUUUCGAAAUCCCUGCAAUGAAUCGUAUAAGGUUGAAGACGAUGCCUUUUUGCAGAUGGAAAGGAUGACUUUGCUGUCACUAAAAGCAAAUAAUGUAUCCACCAUACCACAGAGACUGCCAUCUAGUCUUAAGGAACUUUAUCUCUACAACAACAACAUUCAAAAGAUAACUCGGGAAGACUUCCAGAAUUUGACCAAUCUGGAGACCCUUGAUCUUAGUGGGAACUGUCCGAGGUGUUACAAUGCCCCCUAUCCCUGUGAACCCUGCCCCAAUAAUGACGCUCUGCAGAUAGAUGAUGAAGCCUUCAAGCACUUACAUAAGCUACAGAUCUUGCGCCUUCACAGUAAUUCUCUCGUCAAGGUUCACCCACAGUGGUUUCAGGGCUGCAGCAACCUUAAAGUACUGGACCUCUCAAGCAACUUUUUGGCACAAGAAAUAUCAGUCACUCGUUUUCCAACUUCAUUACCUAAACUUGAGGAGUUGGAUCUGUCUUUUAACUAUGAGCUACAUAAGUAUCCAGCUUCCCUAAACCUCAACGAAUCAUUCUCAGGGUUGAAAUCCCUACAGAUCCUCAGAAUCAGGGGUUUAGUGUUCCAGCAGCUAACAGAAGAGGACAUUAAUCCACUAACCUCCCUAGAAAACCUUAGGAUGAUUGAUCUUGGCUUCAAUUUCAUUAAAAUCGCUGACCUCAGUAUUCUAGCUAAGCUUAAACAUGUUAAUAUCAUAAAUUUGGCUGAUAACAAAAUCUCAACACCCACUGAAAAGGGUCUUUCCUCCGAUGGCAAUUUUGGACAUUCUUUGUACGGCAACCCUAUGUUGCACAAUGCUCAGUACUAUAAUAGGGAAGUGAGGGAGAUUCACUAUUUUAGGUAUGAUGAAUUUGCACGCAGCUGCAAGCAUAAGGACAAGGAACUGGGAGUGGUGAGCCCCCUCAACACUGAGUGCACCCGACGAGGAAGGACCUUGGAUAUCAGCAGGAACAACAUAUUUUUUCUUCACUCAGGAUUUUUGAACAUUCCUGAGCUCAAAUGUCUCAAUCUCUCAGGUAAUGCAAUGAGUCAAAGUUUAGAUGGAACUGAGUUUAAAAACCUUGAAAGCCUUGAGUACCUUGACUUUUCAUCCAACCGUCUGGAUACUAUGAAUCCAUUAGCUUUUUCUGAGCUGACCAAACUCCUGGUUCUUGACAUCAGCUACAACAGCCACUACUUUGAAGCCGAGGGUUUAACACAUAUGUUCAAUUUUACAAAGACGCUGUCACACUUGCAAAAACUGCUUAUGAACUACAAUCAGAUUUCAACAUCCACCAACACUGAAAUGGAAAGCUUUUCCCUUGAGCACUUGGAGUUCAAAGGAAAUCGCCUUGAUAUGCUCUGGAGAGAUGGGGAUACUAGAUACAUAAAUUACUUUAGUAAACUCCUCAAUUUAAAGAAACUUUACAUAUCUGAGAAUAAUCUCAACUACAUACCUGAAGAUGCUUUGUCAGGUCUGCCAGACAAACUUACUGAACUGUACAUAAACAACAACAAACUUACAACUUUUCCUUGGGAUAAACUGACAUAUCUUAAACACUUAGAACUAUUAGACCUCGGCGAAAACCUUUUAACUGAGGUCCCGAAGACACUUUCCCAUUAUUACUCUCUGAAAGAGUUAAUCCUGAGCAAGAACCACAUUUCAGAAAUUACCCCACUGUUUCUGGCAAAUAUAACCACACUGAGAGUGCUCGAUCUAAGUUAUAAUGAAAUCCAGCAUAUUGAACAGUCUAGCUUUCCAGAGGAUGCUAUUAAGAAGCUUGACACUUUAUAUCUAAAUAAUAACAAAUUCCACUGCACCUGCCGUGCCAUUUGGUUCGUCAUGUGGCUGAACCGCACUUCCGUUCGCAUUCCAAAGCUGGCCACGGAUGUCAAAUGCGCCGCUCCAGGUGAACAAGAAGGCAAAAUGGUCAUCUCCCUGUAUCUCCCAGCCUGUCAGGAGAACUCCCUCUCCAUCAUUCUCUACAUCCUCUUGAACUCAUUGACCCUGUGCUUUAUUGCGCUCUCGAUCUCCAGUCACCUCUUCCUCUGGGACGUCUGGUACAUCUACCAUUUCGUGUCGGCCAAGUUGAAAGGUUACAAGCGCAUGGAUUCGGACAGCACCUUCUACGACGCUUUCAUCGUCUACGACAGGAAGGACAGCGCCGUGUGCGAGUGGGUGAUGCAGGAGCUGCGCGUUCACAUGGAGGAGCAGGGGGAUCCGGCCCUGCAGCUGUGCCUGGAGGAGCGAGACUGGAUCCCGGGGUGGCCCCUCAUCGACAACAUCUCCCAGAGCAUCCAGCAGAGCAGGCGCACGGCGUUCAUUCUCACCAACAGCUACAUGAAGAGCGGCGACUUCAAAACAGCCUUCUACCUGGCCCACCAAAGGCUCAUGGAUGAGAAAAACGACGUCAUUGUUUUAAUUUUCCUGGAAAAGAUUCCCUGCAACUCCAAAUACCUCCGACUUAGAAGGAGGCUGUAUAAGAGGUCAGUGUUGGAAUGGCCACAAAAUCCACAAGCACAGCAGUACUUCUGGUACUGUCUUAGAAGCGUCAUGGUCACAGAAAGUCAAAAACAUUACAGCAAACUGUUCCAGGAGACCCUUUAAUUCACGUCAGACUUGUAGUCAGGAACAGCUGUAGUGUAUUUCAUCACAGAAAAUGAAUGAAUUAAUUAUAUUUUCAGCAAUUCUUGUUUCCUUGUAUAUAUAAGUCCAAUAGGGUUGGCUUCAUAAUAAGAGAGUGCAAAGACGGCAAAGAUGCAGCAAUUAUUUUAAGGAUAUGUAGUGAAAAUUGCUUAGACAUAAUUGUAUACCAUAUACGUGCUUUUAGAAGAAAAAAUGGCAUGGUAACUGUUUAAAUGCAUUUUCAGGCUGGUUUGUGUUGAAGAGAACAGAAAUCUAUUGC